AUGAGCUUCACUUCUGAUGAAGUCAAUUUUCUUAUAUUCAGAUAUCUGCAAGAAUCAGGCUACUGUCACUCAGCAUACCUGUUCGGUUUAGAAAGCCAAAUUAGUCAGUCAAACGUCGAUGGGGCACUUGUGCCUCCCGGUUCUUUACUAAGCCUGAUCCAAAAAGGGUUGCAGUAUACAGAAGCUGAAAUAAGUAUUGGCGAGGAUGGCAGUGAACGUGUUGUGGAAUCACUAUCCCUAAUUGAUGCUGUUGUUCCGGAUGUAAUCGAAAAGCGUAAAAAUUUCCUCAAGCAACAGAGCACUACAAGCUCAGCUAGCCUAAGUACUCCCAGUAGUGUGCUCUGCAACAGCACAACUCUGUCUUCGACUGUUAAUUGUAUCCCUCAUGUUGGAUCCGUGUCGGUUACUUCCUCCACUUCGGAUCAGUUAUUAUCAGUCAAUUCCCACUCUUAUACUUUGGAUAUAUCAACCGUUCCCAGUACAUUGCACACACAAUCCGACCUCUCACACAGUGCAGCGGGCCAUGCCCCCUUAAAGAACGAUAUUUCAAGCAUUUCUUCACAUCCUCACUCUCACCAACACAACACACUUCCCCCCUCCACUCUUGGCACAAUUAAACCAAAUAAUCCUUCAAAUGCAGUUAAUGCUUCUGUACUUAAUCAAUCUAACAACAUGACUCCGUCAUCCCUAUCCACUCCUGUUUGCUCUGCCGCACUCAUUUCAACUAUAAGUCCAAUCACUGCUUCAAAUACUACUCCGUUGGUUGGAAUCAAUAAAAUCACAGCUGCUUCUCAGCAGUCUUCCAUAACAUCAGGACAACUUACCACUCACCAUAUCCCUCAAUCUAUGCUUUUAUCAUCUAUACAGACAAACGGCGAACAUCAUGGAGGAGCUAUGGUUAAUCAUUAUCGCGGCAACGAUGCUAUGGAAGUUGACCGGGUACAUGUUCCUGAAGUCAAUAAUACAUCUCCUUUACUCACAAGACAAAUUCCACCUGAACGAAUCACGGUUUUAAAAGGUCAUCAAUCUGAAGUCUUUAUCUGUGCGUGGAAUCCUCGAAAUGAUAUGCUAGCAUCUGGCUCAGGAGAUUCAACGGCACGGAUAUGGAAUCUUGAGGAACCCGUUGCAAAUCCUCACCAUGUCCCUCAGUUGGUUUUAACACACUGGGUUAAUCUUGAUGGUCAAACUGUGCUGAGUAACAAGGACGUCACAUCUCUGGAUUGGAAUUCUGAUGGGAGUUUCCUAGCCACUGGAUCGUACGACGGAUUUGCUCGAGUUUGGAAUACUGACGGUCGCUUGGCAACAACUCUUGGGCAACAUAAGGGACCCAUAUUUGCUCUGAAGUGGAACAAGAAAGGGAACUAUAUUCUCACAGCAGGAGUUGAUAAGACAACCAUUAUAUGGGAGGCCCAAACUGGCAGAAUCGCUCAACAGUUUGCAUUUCAUGUCGCUCCGACAUUAGAUGUUGAUUGGCAAUCAUUAGAUAGUUUUGCAUCUUGUUCCACAGACACAAAUAUUCAUGUUUGUCAGUUAGGCUGUUCUUCUCCUGUAAAAACAUUCCAGGGUCACGAGAAUGAAGUUAACGCAAUCAAAUGGGAUCCUAAUGGACGACUUUUAGCUUCAUGUUCAGAUGAUAUGACACUAAAAGUUUGGGAUAUGCAUCACGACCGCUGUGUACAUGAUCUUCGGGGUCACACGAAAGAGAUUUACACCAUAAAAUGGAGUCCCACUGGUCCUGGAACAGCUUUUGCAAACGCCCCACUUUGUUUAGCUAGUGCAAGUUUUGAUUCAACUGUUCGCUUAUGGGAUGUUGAAACAGGUCAAUGCCGACGUAUAUUAUCAAGACAUACCGAACCUGUAUAUAGCGUUGCAUUCAGUCCUGAUGGUCGUUUAUUAGCAACAGGCUCAUUUGACCAAUGUGUUCAUAUAUGGAAUGUUGAUUCUGGUAACCUUAUAAACAGUUAUCAAGGCACUGGUGGCAUUUUCGAAGUUUGCUGGAAUUCGCGGGGUGAUAAGGUGGGCGCCAGUGCUUCGGAUGGUUCUGUUGUGGUUCUCGACCUAAGAAGGUAG